AUGAAAUUCACAACCACGAAAUUUGCAAUCACCAUUUUCGUCCUUUUGGCAUACGUUGCUAUCAUAACCCAGGCUAUUGGUAUCAAAAAUGGUGGAGGAUACUUGACUGAGUUCCAAGCGAAACAUGCGAUGCUUAUGGACAACUUGAAAGAUACCAUAAAAGAAUUGGACCAUAGAAUGGAG